AUCAAUGUGCAGGCUAUAUUAGACGACAUAAUGAUAUUAUCAAGUAGUAAGCCGCAUGCACAGGAGAAUUGACAAACAUAGCCGCGUUUUGGAUACCAUCUUCAGCAAGGGAUUUGAGAGUAUAAAGGCCGGAAGGGGAGCAGCUGUUGUAUCCUUCCUCAACCCUUGCACUUGCUUGCCAGUGCCGCUCUUUUCGACUCGUCAAAUCAUUAUCAGAAGGACAGUAUGAUUUGGAUCGCAUGGCUCACUCUAUUUGCAUCAGGUAUGAAGCUCGCCUCGUCUAUGGAGAUAGGCAAUGAUGUUUCCACGGCUACAUCUGCCGGUGAUGACUGUGCGCCACUGGUGUUUCCCUUGCAUAAUCUGAUGCAGGCCGAGGGAUCGGAUGGAGACUCGGCUUGCCUCAACGCUUGCUCAAAUGCAGUUGAUCAUUAUAAAAGGGACUAUUUGAUUGGGGACCGACAAUUUGCAGACGUCUGUAAUAUGGGUGCCGAUGUUUGCAUUUGCCUGGGGGCUUACGAUUGGGAAGAAUCGAAGGGGGCAGAGGCCGAAGGCGAAGCUGAAGGAACCUCUUCAUGCAUGGGUUCGAUGCCAGCAGAAUUUGAUGACAAAAUGCCAUGGGCGGGCAUGAUCACUUCGAUCGAGGCGUCCAACACCUUACCUCUAUUUCCAGGUGCAAUGGUCGGGAAUGUUGCCAACAUGUGGAAAGCACCACGAUCAACUUCGAUUGCGGCCAAAUCGGGCAACACCGGGCGCCGGUGGGUAUGCAAGUGUACUAUGUCAGUUGGAUUCCACAAAUUGCGCAUCCAUUCGUCACCCAAUCUAGGAUUGGAGUUGGUUUCAUCCUCAGCUUUUGAUCGCUACAGCUGCUUUGCUCUUGAUGUACACAUCAGGCUUCAAUCAAAUAUCUGGCUGAAGCCGCCUCCAGAUGUGAAGAUUUCCCGGCUACGACCAGGUGCCAAGUGCGCUUAUUAUGAUGAUGUCCUUGAUACUCGCCCAUGUAUACAACCCGGCCCGGACGCGCGACGUUUCUGUCAGUCGAUACCACAGCGCCCAUGGUACGAACAGCCGGGAACAGGACAAUAUUGGUAGAUGGGCAGUCUUCAUCGACACCUAGAGAGCUUCCCAUAUAUUGUCAGAGGCAGUCCAGCGAUGCAAGCGUUUUCACAUCUAUAGCCACAAAGCUUUUAGUCCACUUUUUGGUCUAUAUUUCUUUACAGAGUGUAGUUUCCUG